CUCAAAAACUACUUUUGUAGAAAAACAAACGAGGCCCUAAAUGAUUCUCAUUAUGCAUGACUUACUUGUACUGUACAACUAAAAUAUACAUGAUUUGAUCCGUUUCGGGAUAUUCGUGUGGAGUCCUGGAUUUUGUUCAAUAUAUUAACAUUAUUUAUAUUGGUUGAUGGAAGAUAUGCAAUGUAAUGCUUUGUGCAUUGAUCACUUGUACCAUAUAAUCGAGCAAUGCUUUAUGAGGACAAUUUUAGGUUAUUCUAUCUUGAGCCCUAGAUUUGAUGAGGAGCUAACUAUGGGAUUUCCAUGUAAUGUUGCUUCAUAUUAGGAGAGGGAGUUGUGUAAUCUUGUUGUUUUGUUGAAGGAUAUUUUAUUAUUUCAUCGAUAAAGAUCUGAUAUGGACUCCAAUCUUUUUAACAGAUUAUUAUCUGCUGCAGCCUGCAGAGUCGUAUAUCCUGAAUCUUUUGGACAAAUGGAUGACAAUUCUUCUUCUGUAGGAAGUGACAACAUUGAUUGGAAUACUGAUGAUGAGCUGGAGAUAACUAAUGAGCAGGAGAUAGCUAAUAAUAUAUCAUCAUCUUCCUCAGUUUCUAUGAGUACUAAUGGAACUGUUUUAUCCGAAUUCGGGGAGUCAAGUUCUUCUAGCAAUUAUCUUUCCAAGCUACAUCGCUUUAUAAAAAUGGGGUUUCCUCAGGCAAUGGUGGAAAAAGUCAUAGCUGAAAUUGGUGAUCAUGAUAUUGAUGCAAUACUAGAUACAUUACUCUCAUACACUUAUCUUGAUGAGACUCCCCACCAAGAACAAGAACUCAAUGAUUCAUUUGUGAAGUCUGAAAGCAUUUUUGAAAGUGACUUCUCUGAUCUUGAUGACAGUUGUAGUGAUGAAGACACUAAUGAAUCUUUCGAAAAGGAUGAUUCGUUGGUGUGUCUAAUUGAUAUGGGGUACUCACAUGGAGAAGCUUCAGCUGCUAUUACCAGAUGUGGAAAAGAUGUGCCAUUAUCAGAGCUAGUAGAUUUCAUUAGUGCUGCUCACAUAUCAAAACAAGCCGAUGCAGAAUUCGAUGCAUUGACAUACGAAGAGGAAGUCUUAAAACAGCCAAAGGACAAGAAGAGAAAGUCUCAAAAAGGGAAUUUCUUGAUGAAAAAGAAAACGAUUGAAAAAAAACCAAAAAGAAAAAGAAAGAAUGAAGAUGAAGAUGAUGACGUCCUUCACCUUCCUAAUCCAAUGAUAGGAUUUGGGGUCCCACACGAACCAUUUCACAAUAUUCACAGAACGCUUCCCGAUGCAGCCAUUGGCCCUCCGUAUUUUUACUAUGAAAAUGUUGCUCUUACACCAAAAGGUGUUUGGAAUACAAUCAAACGUUUCCUUUACGAAAUUGAACCCGAAUUUGUGGAUUCAAAAUUCUUCUGUGCAGCAGCUAGAAAACGAGGUUACAUCCAUAACCUUCCUUUAACCAACAGAUUCCCAAUUCAACCGCUUCCCCCUCGCACAAUUUUCGAAGCUCUCCCUGGAACUAAAAAAUGGUGGCCUUCAUGGGACAAAAGAGAACAAUUGAAUUGCAUACUUACAUGUAUAGGAAGUGCCCAACUUACGGAUCGUAUCAGAUUAGCUUUAGAGAAUUCGAAUUCAAAAGGCGAGUGUGAGUGUGAGCCUUCUGAACAAGUGAAGAAAUUCGUUAUCAAUCAAUGCAAGAAAUGGAACAUGGUUUGGACAGGAAAGACGAAGGUGGCGCCACUUGAGCCUGAUGAGAUUGAGUUAAUCAUGGGGUACCCUAUCUACCAUACAAGAGGUGCAAACAGAGCCGAAAGAUACAAAGGCCUCGGGAAUGCAUUUCAGGUUGAUACGGUUGCUUACCAUCUGUCUGUGCUAAAGAAUUUGUACCCACACGGAACAAACGUUCUUUCGCUUUUCUCCGGGAUUGGUGGGGCCGAAGUUGCACUACACAGACUCGGGAUUCCAAUGAAGAAUGUGGUUUCUGUUGAGAAAUCUGUAGUUUGUCAGAAUAUUCUUCAGGAUUGGUGGGAACAAACAAACCAAACUGGAAAUUUAAUUCACAUUUCAGAUGUUGAAGAUGUGACAGUUGAGAAGUUAGGGGAGUGGAUUGGGCGUUUUGGAGGGUUUGAUCUUGUGAUUGGAGGGAGUCCUUGUAACAAUCUUGCUGGUGGAAAUAGGAGGACACGUGAUGGACUUGAAGGGGAACACUCUUCGCUUUUCUAUGACUAUUUUCGUAUUCUUGAUGGGGUUAAGUCUAUUAUGGGUACAAAUUAAUAUCUUUGUUUUUGGAUAUAAACAAUUCCCCACCAUUGUGUUCUCAUUUAUUAGCGUUGAAUGUAAAUGGUGAAAGCUAACGAAACCUCAGGA